UCCUCCACUUCAACCUGCCGCCGCUGCAUCCCUGAAUCCCAGGUCGGCGGCUCGGCGUGGACCGGGUGUGCGCGACCGUAGCUGCAGUAAAUCCGCCUGGAUCCACCGGAACGAACCGGAACACGGCACCGGAGGGGAAGAGGAGAAAGCCUCCAUAGCAACAAACCGGUUUCACGGCAUUAUUGGGAUGGACGGCUGCUGAGGACUCUGGAAGGCAGAGUGGGGCAAGGUCAGCAAACCUGAACCGGGCUUACCAGAACGAUUGUGACAGAGCAGAAGCUCAAGACUCUACAGAUUUGUAAAAAUGUGCGUGGUUUGAAGCCUGAUCAAAGGAAGGUCACUGGGAAGAAAGAGGAUGUUUGCUCGGAUAAUGGUGGAUUUUGUUGCCUUAACAUUCCUGUUUGGAGCUUGAUAUUAGUUUGUGGAAAACCUCUUGAGAAGGAGGUGCCUGAAGAUUAUCCUAAGAUCUGAAGUUUUGACCUCCAACAUGGAUAGUGUACUUCUAUAGCAAUCAAAGCAUCAACGUGGCCUUUGACAAACCACCGACCCUUUAUUCCGUCUAUCACUGAUGAAUGAAUCAAUGAAAAUCCUGGAUUUUAGGGGUUUUAUUGCCCAGAAAGGACUGAUUCUGGUUGUGGUACCACCUCCAUUGAUGUCUACAUAGAAUGCAAGCAUUGGAUGGACUUAUGAAAAGAUCCCCUUACCUUCCGUACCGCCGUUUUUGGACCUGCCCAUCUCUGUACACAUCAUUUUUAGCUAGCUGGACAAGUCUAUUGGUACAACGCCAAAGGGCUUAAUGGAUGAAUUUAAGGAUCUUUAAGACCUGUUUUUGAGGACUACUUGCAGCAUACUUUGUCCAUAGAAGCACUACUCUUUCUGUUGUCCUUUGGGUAUUAAAAAAAUAUCCUGGGUUCUAGGGAAGCCUGCUAGGUUAGGUAAAAUUCAAUACAUUGAAACUCCAAAGCAUUUUCUCAAAACUAGAGCCAAGGAGCAAGCAAGAAAUCAGGUAACCAAGACUGACGUCAGUGCUUUCAGCUUCUGGAGGAUGAAUCUAAUGUAGCAAGGACUUUAUUGGAUGCUUCUGGAAAGGUCUUCGCCAUGUCUUUGAGUAAGACCCUCGAGCUGGAACACUUCGACGAACGCGACAAGGUUCGCCGGGGACGCUCCCCCCGCACCAAGAGAGAUGACUCUACAAGCAGUGCAGGUGGCGGGGGAUCUGGGCCAAGCUCCAGGGGGAGCAGCCUGGUCCCUAGCCCUGCCCACAGUGCCAACUGCAGCUACUACCGGACCCGGACCCUGCAGGCGCUCACCUCAGAGAAAAGGGCCAAAAAGGUGCGGUUCUAUCGCAACGGUGACCGGUACUUCAAGGGUCUGGUGUAUGCUGUUUCCAGUGAUCGGUUUCGCUCGUUUGAUGCAUUGUUGAUGGAGCUGACGCGCUCGUUGGCGGAUAACCUGCACCUGCCGCAAGGUGUGCGUAUGAUCUACACUAUAGAUGGCAGCAAGAAGAUCACGAGUAUGGAUGAGCUGAUGGAAGGUGAGUGCUAUGUUUGUGCAUCCAAUGAGUCGUACAAAAAAGUCGACUACACAAAGAUCUCCAUCCCGAGCUGGAAGCCUGGAGCCAGCGGAGGGGCCAGCACCGCUACUGCCUCCCGUCCCUCCACAGCGUCCACUGGGGUGUCGGCGAGCACCGGCUCCAAGGAUCGUCUUGAAGGUAGAGAGGGCCGCGAGAGCAAAGACUUUAUCAAACCCAAGCUGGUGACGGUGAUCCGGAGCGGUGUAAAGCCUCGUAAGGCAGUGAGGAUCCUGCUGAACAAGAAGACGGCGCACUCGUUCGAUCAAGUGCUCGCUGAUAUCACUGAGGCCAUCAAGCUGGACUCUGGGGCAGUGAAGAGGCUGUACACGCUGGAUGGGAAACAGCUGACGUGUCUGCAGGAUUUCUUCGGGGAUGAUGAUGUGUUCAUGGCGUGUGGGCCGGAAAAGUUUCGCUAUGCUCAGGACGACUUCGUACUCACACACAGCAGCAAAACUCCAGCUUUUGUUAGCGAGUGCAGAGCUAAGGCAUCCCGCUCCACUGCUCCCUCAAAAACUACAACUCCCAAGACUCCUAGCGGCUCUGGUUUCUCCUCCUCCAGGACACCCAGAGGCCCGUCCAGGACAAAGUCUCCAGGUCCAGCCAGUGAAGCCUCGGGAUCAGCAGGGAAGUCUUCCAGGUCAAGCCCCUCCCCCACCAGCCCCGGGACCCGGCGCAGUCUCAAGAUCUCUCCUCGUCGAGCGUCCUCCACAGACGUGAACGGAGAGGCCGAGCAGACAGACGACGCCUCAGUAGAAGUCAACGGUAAUCGCUCCGUUUCCUCCUCCAUCAUCAAUGAGAAGUACCAGGUCGGCAAAGUGAUCGGAGACGGAAACUUUGCUGUGGUUAAAGAGUGUGUGGAGAGGUCCACAGGACAGGAGUACGCUCUGAAAAUAAUCGACAAAGCUCGCUGCUGUGGGAAGGAGCAUUUAAUAGAAAAUGAAGUAGCAGUUCUACGGAGGGUUCGACAUCCCAGUAUCAUCCAGUUAAUCGAGGUGGACGAAACCCCGAGUCAGCUCUUCCUCGUCAUGGAGCUCGUCAAGGGUGGGGACCUAUUUGACGCCAUCACAUCGUCUACUAAGUACAGCGAGCACGACGCCAGCGCCAUGGUGUUCAACCUGGCUGGAGCCAUCAAAUACCUGCACCGGAUGAACAUCGUCCACCGAGACAUCAAACCAGAGAACCUGCUGGUGUGUGAAUAUCCAGACGGCACCAAGUCUCUGAAGCUCGGAGACUUUGGUUUGGCGACGGUGGUGGAGGGACCGCUGUACACGGUGUGUGGUACGCCCACGUACGUCGCCCCGGAGAUCAUCGCUGAGACUGGUUAUGGUCUGAAGGUCGAUAUCUGGGCUGCAGGAGUCAUCACCUACAUCCUGCUGUGUGGAUUCCCCCCAUUUAGAAGUGAGAAUAACAUUCAGGAGGAGUUAUUCGAUCAGAUCCUCAGAGGAAAACUGGAGUUUCCGUCUCCAGACUGGGAUACCAUCAGCCUCCCAGCAAAGAUGCUGAUCAGUCAGAUGCUGCAGGUGAACGUAGACACACGUUUCACUGCUGAGGAGGUCCUCUCACACCCCUGGGUGACGGACGAGGCUCCCGUAGACUCCAACACUGUGAGCAGCAAUGAAGACCAGACGAGUGGAGACGCACUGGAGCCGGAGCCAGAACCAGAACUGGAGCAGGAGCUGGAGCCAGAACCAGAGCUGGAGCAGGAAUCCCCCAUACUGGAAACCAAACAAGUUCCCUCACCUCUUGUCUGAAACGCACCACCCUUAAAAAUAACCGGAGAUACACCAGUAGCGGACAGUUUGAGUAAUGGAAAUCCAGAACGUUCUCACACAGGUGGUCCAGCUUUGUUUGAGGACCCUUAUAGUAAAAAAUUAAAUAUGAAAUAAAGUAACUGAAAACUAAACAAACACUCGAUUUGUUUUCACCAAUGGCAACUUCUGGGGUCUAGACCCGGUCCAUUUCCUCCCACUGGAAACUUCUGGAAUCCCACUUCUUCACUGGAAACCAAACAAGUUUUCCCAUCUUGUCUCAAAAGGCUGUUUGUGUUCUUCAACUCUAUAACUGACUGGAACCCAAAUAAGUUUUUUAAGACUAGAAAAAGUUCCCCCCAAUGCCAAAAACUUGUUGGUUUAUUUAAACUUUUUUAUUUAUGGAAACCAAAAACAUCAAGUUCCUCUGGUCAAGGAUUAAACUAAUUUAUUAACUGGAAAUCUUCCUAUUUAUCUGGUGAAGAAUCGGUAAGGUUUCAUCCACUGGAAACCAAACAGCUUCUCAGUUUACCCUGAUCCAGAUCAAGACCCCUUCCCAGGAACUUGCCCAACCAAAGCAGUCCAGUGUUUCUGGUUGAGGAUUGGGACUGUUUAAUGUUGGAAAUUAGACUUGCUCCUCUAGAGCACCUUUCCAAAAUCUCUAGAUCCAGUCCUAUUUCAUCUCCCAAAGUCAGUAAGUUCUGACAGCUUUGGAUCUGAAGAGAUUCCCCUUUCCACUACCAGGAUGCCAACAAGUUCUAACACCUAGGGUCAAGAAAGUUUUUUUUUUUCUUUCAAAUUUAUGAUCGACUGCAAACCAAACAAGCAAAGCACUUCUAUUCUAGAAUAAAUCUCAUUUCAGAUUUUGGGAAACAAACCAGUUCUUUUGACUUGCAUGCCCAUACAUGUAGACUGAAACCAGGAAGUUUCUGCUACUGGAAGCCAAACAA